UUUUAUACAUGUCUUCCACGCAAUGGUAAUGUGUUAUCACCUCGUUUGAACCUCCAGAACGACGUACUAUAAUAUUAUAUUGUGUAGUAUUUGGUACUAACAAGUAACCGUCCAUAGAAAUACGUAUUAUAUUAUUAUGAAACAGUCUGUCGUAAUCAGUUCUCUUUUCUAUGCGUCCGCAUAGACAUAUAUAUGUCUAUGUGCGUCCGUCUAUAAUAAUAAUAUUAUACCUACAACUUAAGUUUUCAGUUUUGGACGUUUAUGUAUUAGCACGCGGGGAAAGGGGAGUGAAAAAGUACUGCAAUUGUGUAGACGUCAACAAGAAAAUCUAAGCCUUAUCAAUAAUUGUGUGCUCUCGCCCUCUCAAAAUUCGCAUUCGCGUCAAAAAGUAAAAACGCUAGGAGCGUAACUCUUUCACGACGACGUAAUUUUUUCGGGCCAUUGGAUUUGUUUUUGUUUCUUCCGGAAAUUCUGUUUCCGUUGCGAUAUUCGGGUGACGAUUGGCGAGUAUCCACAAACGGCCUGCCAAGAUGAUGAGCCGCGCCGACGGUCUGGUGCAAAGGCGCAACGUCAACAGAGACAGUGCGGACGGCGUUUCCAAAGAGAACGGCCAGUCGGCGGCCGAYAAACUCGAUUACGAGGAAGACAUCGACGACGGUGACUCUAAAGAGACACGGCUCACGUUAAUGGAAGAAGUGCUGCUGCUUGGUCUUAAAGACAAAGAGGGAUAUACAUCAUUUUGGAAUGAUUCAAUUUCAUCUGGCUUACGUGGAUGUAUACUUGUUGAACUCGCACUUCGUCAAAGAAUUGAAUUAGAAAAAGCAGGCAUGAGAAGAAAAAGUUUACAAAUGAGGAAAGUAAUUAUAAAAAAUGAGACACCUACAGGUGAUGUUCUGUUAGAUGAAGCUCUGAAACAUAUCAAAGAGACCAAUCCUCCUGAAACAAUACAAAGUUGGAUUGAAUAUUUGAGCGGUGAAACAUGGAAUCCUUUGAAAAUCAAAUAUCAACUGAAAAAUGUGAGAGAAMGAUUAGCAAAAAACUUAGUAGAAAAAGGUGUUCUUACCACUGAAAAACAAAACUUCCUUUUAUUUGAUAUGACUACGCAUCCAUUAACAGAUAAUGAAGCUAAAGUUAGGCUAGUUAAAAAGGUACAAGAUGCUGUAUUGUCUCGAUGGAUUAAUGAUCCACAUAGAAUGGAUAAACGUCUAUUGGCUUUAUUAUUGUUGGCUCAAGCAUCAGAUGUACUGGAAAGUGCAUUUUCUCCACUAAAUGAUGAAGAUUACGAAUUAGCCACUAGAAGAUUACGAGAAUUAUCAGACAUGGAUUUAGAAGUUGAAUCAAUGAAAGGUUCUACUAAUGACGUAAUUUGGGCUGUAUUUGCCAAUUUCAAUAAAUAAGUUCAUUUAAGAAUAUUUAAAUAGUUAACCAACAUUCUUAAUACAUUUCUGGAGGAGAAUAUAAAUAUGUAAUAAAUAAUAUUGUUUUAUAAUCAUUUGCCAUUUUAUGUUUUAUUGAUUUUCGUAAAAGAAUUAAAUUUUUAUUUAAUAUGCAUUGACUAGGUAAACCUAAUGUAUUUGCAAAAAUGUAAAUAAUUAGAAAGUCAACAGACUGUUGUACAAAAAAUAAUAGUUAAG